CAACCACUAGGGGGAGAACUCACGGUGUUUCUCCAUUAUGCAUAAAGUUCGGAGUGGAGAAGCAUCGUGGAGUGUGACUGAUUAAUUCUCUCCCCUUUUCCAGGGGUAUAACAUUUGGAGGCACCACUGGGAUCUACUCUUCGGAGUGCGGUUUUCACUUACCUGGCAGACAGCUUCUGAUGCAGUACAUCCCCUUAAAACAACCCAGGUCGACAGUGAGGUGGAAAGAGCUCCUGCAGUAAAGGCAAGAAAGAGACAAAAGAACCGUAGACCUGAGGCCACAGAGAUCAUCAGGUGAAACAGACAAGUUCCGUCAGUCUCAAGUAAGCCACUACUCAGUGAAAAAGUCCACUCUAGUGUCACAAUGGAGACAACAGUGCUCGAGGAAAUGCAAGUUGAGGUUAUCACCAUGCUAAAUUCCCUAUCAAAAGACAAGCUUCUAAGUGUUUGUGAAUUCCUUCAUGUGGCAGAGCCAGAGAAGAUUGCAUCUAAAUCUCGCAUGUCCCUGAUCUCCUACGUCCUCCAACAUCUCGAAGACAUCACUGAGCUAGAAGAUGGUGGCAUGUCUGAACUGUUAAGAUUGAGAGAUCAAAUUAUAGAAUUGAAUACAGUCACUUAGAGUGAGACAGCAGGCCAGAGCGAAACCACUGAAAGAGAAAAAUUGCAAAGGGAGUUAGAUGAGCUAAAAAGUGCAAUGAAACAAAAACUGAGUGAAAUUCAACAAUUGGAAGAGGUGAACACAAAACAAAGCAUCGUCCAGCCUCAAUUACAAAUUCCUGCCCAGCCCCAACAGUCAGUGAAUGCCCAACAUUCAAGUCCACCUUGGCGGAAAGAUUUCAAUAUUUCUGGACAAAUCGGUGACCCAGGCCAAAGAGAGAAAGUACGUUUUUCCAAGUUUGGCACACCAAACUGAGAACGGUCUGAGCAGAGUCUACCCAGAGUGUGAGAUUGUGGAAGCAGUAAUUCGUGCCAUCUCUCCAGGCUUACAGUUACGAAGUUAUUUAGAAGGAAAGCCAAAUCUGACUCUACCUACACUCAGACUAAUUCUGCACUCUCACUUCCAAGAAAAGAGUGCAACUGAACUUUAUAAGCAACUUAACUCUGAAUGCCAAGGUAACAAAGAUACACCACAGAAUUUCCUUAUGCGUGUUCUUGACCUGUGCCAGAAAAUCUUGUUUGCAUCCCAAGAAGCAGAAUCAGGCCUCAAGUAUGAUCCAGCAUUAGUUCAAAGCAUGUUCUUACAUACGGUACUCACCGGUCUCCAAAGUGACAGCGUUAAAGUAGAUAUGCAACCCCUCCUUCUUGACACGAAAACCACAGAUGAGGCGCUGUUGGAGAAAUUAAACAUUGCCUGUGCUAAUGAGGCAGAAAGACAAAAGAAAAGGAAAACCAAUGUGCAGCACACAACGACUGUUGUCCAUGCAGUUAAGUCUAAUGAUGAAACCACUGAUAAGAAAUCCAGUGCGACUCAAAGUGCACCAAAAUCAUCUUCCAAUGUGCUGUUGGAACUGAAAGAACUGAGAACUGAGAACUGAUGUAGCUUC